UCUUACAACUAUUGUUAACUAUUGAUGUUAAUCGCUAGCUGGCCAGCUUGUUUGACUGCAGCCGGGAACACCCUGUAGCUGUGUUUUGAUCCAUCUUCGUCCCGCUGCGUAAUUUAGCUUGGCAGCCCGUGGGAAGGUGUGGAUGCUUGGCAGAACUGCGUCCUGAACCCGCUCUUGCGUUUCUGGUGUGGCUGAUUUGCCGGCAGGAUGCUACAAGGCCCGUAUGGUCUGGACCGAGACAAGCCUCUGUUUAGACUCCCCUUCACCGUCUUUUCUGUGGCCACGGUCUUCCUCGCGCUCGGAGGCUUGGUCUCCUGCAUCCUCAUCUCCCUGAUUUACCACUUUGAGGAGUCCACCGCGACCCACUGCGAGGUGCCUAACUACCUGCCCUCCAUCAGCGCCUCCAUCAGCCAGACGCCGGAGCGCUACAUCUGGAGGGUGUGCAUCGGCCUGCACUCGGCCCCCAGGUUCCUGGUGGCCCUCGCCUACUUCAACUUCUACCGCGGACGCUUCGCCAAGCGCUGGGCCGAAUGGCUGCUCAGCUGCCUCAACCUGGCCUUCGCCCUGGGAGAGAACCUGGGCCUGCUGCUGCUCACCUACGUCUCCUCCAACGAGACAUACGAUGUGCACAAGAGCGGCUUCAUCGUGUUCAUUGCCUGCGCUCUCGUCCACAUGGCCAUCACCUGCAGACUGUGGCAGGUCAUCAAGAAGUACUCCUUCAGUCCUGAGGAGAAGACGUCGUACCUGUGGAAGAAGUGGCUCUUUGGCUUCAGCAUCGCGUCCUGCCUGUUUGCUGCCUACUUCUACAAACGGCACAACAACUACUGCGACCCGGGAGUCUACACGAUCUUUGCGUUCUUUGAGUAUCUGGUGGUGCUCUCGAACAUAGCCUUCCACAUCACAGCCUACUGGGACUUCGGCUCCAAGGAGGUGAUGGUGGCCACGCCCCCGGAGGACAAGCGCUUCUGACGGGGGAACAGGGGGGCGGGCCGUGGGGGGGGGGAAACACCCUACUCCUCCUCCUCUUCCUCACCCUCCCUCUCCCACGCUUGGCAUCCUGGGAAGGUGGAUUGGGCGGGGCCGGGGAGGAAGGGACCUCCAGUGGAGGACCAGGUCUUUCACAUCUGCCCCUGAUGGGGGGGCAGGGGGGGGCUUGUCUCUUUCCAAUUCAGACACCCCCCCCCACCCCCAACUCCACCCAAUAUUCCUAGUGAUGUCACGACCACCUGUGCACACCUGGGGAAAGAUGGUGGUGGAUGGACAGGAAUAGGUUGGGAGGGGGGGGGGGGGGGUAGAGCAGGAGCUGCCUGCUCCAGUCCUGGGGGGCUGCAGUGUCUGCAGGUUCAUCCGGUUCGCCUUCAGUGGAAAAUAAGGUGUGUGGAUUUGAGCAGUGUUUCCCAGAGGUCAGCAGUUAAUCUGUGGCCAUACGGCGUGUAACUUGUGUAUAUAUAUAUAUACUUCACAGACAGCAUCCUAGGGGAAAUACUGUAGUGGAAGCCCAGUCCAGCCCUGUCAGAGACGUGCUGUAUACCCACUGGCUGUGAGCAGACUCUGCUGCCCUCCAGCACUGCGGUCUGAGAUCCCUGACCUCAACAGUGCCCUGUGCGGGCGUGAGGGUCCGCCCCGAGCCUGCUGCCCGCUGUUUCAGACGUUUGGCCCCUGUGGGUUUCCUAUCCUGUUUGGAUUUUUAUGUUUUUAUGUUUUUAUGUUUUUAUGUUUUUAUUUAGUUUUUUUUAACUGCUGUUUCAGUGAAAUUUCACUGGUUGACUCGACGUUGGCAGCUAAGAUGCAGUUUGGGAGUCAAAGAUAUGUUUAUCUGUGUAAUCUGAUGAAAACCUCACCAGGUGAAUGACCUUUACAUGCUGGCAGAAGAGCUUCGGAGGUCUGCUACACGGUCAUAUUUGUCCGCUCUGAGCUCCAGCUGUGUGGUUGAAAUAAUCGGGCUUUGUUCUCUCGCGAAAUAACUACAAUCCCUGCUGAAAAAAAAAAAACAGCUCAAGCUAGGUUUUGAGACGGCUGCUAGCUGGUAUUUCAAGCUGGCCAUAGCUGAAUUUUACGCCAGGGAUGUACACUCAAGAGGAAACGUCCACUUGCAUUAGUGGAGACAAAAAUGGUUGACGCAUUGCUGAAUUUAUCCAGCGACAUUUGACACCGAGCACGCUUAACGUUAGCUAGUUAAGAAGCCCCUCGUUAAGCCCUUGCUCACUAUCUCAUUGUUAUUGCCUGUCGCGCCCCAUGUAGUCCUGCAGAAUUCAACCAGCGAUCCGUGACGGGUUGUGUGCCUUCAUCACCCGAGACUCUGGCAUUACUUCGCUGCUUUAUUUCAAUCGCCACCAGCGCGACUCUUACUUGCUUUAGAUUUAAUUAAUCGAAUUAAUAGCGUGUUUAAUUAAUACAUUCCCUGCGUUAUUUCAGGCGGUUUUUUGGUGCAUUCUAUGAUGGUUUCUUUUAUAUUGCCGUUGUUAUUAUUAUUAUUAUUAUUAUUAUUAUUAUUAUUAUUAUUAUUAUUAUUAUUAUUAUUAAUGCAGUAACUGCUAAUGGGCUGCUUGCUAGAGUCGAACGCACUAUAUGUCGAUUGCCCUUCAGCUAGCCGUGUGAAAUCAUAACUGGCUAUUUCCUGAGCGAUGCGUUCUUUGGUUUCAUAGCGGCUUUCUUGAAUUUCUCCGAGGUUCGCUGGAAAUGUCGUUAGAAAUGUUCAGUAUCCCCUCCUGUGGGUACAGGUACACUGGUACUGGCCGCAGUGGUCCCGUUAUGGCCUCGCUGUCCGUAGAGAUGUACCGCUAAUGCACACAAUUCUGCUAAUGCCAUGCGCUAGCUAAUGCAAUUCUGUAAAACUCAGGAAAUUUUAUUAUUAUUAUUAUGAUUAUUAUUAUUAUUAUUAUUAUUAUUAUUAUUAUGAUUGCUUUGUGUGCCAAGUUUUAAUCCUGAAGUGCGAGAAUAAUUUAAAACAUUUUAAACUGUCGUUUUUACAUUUAGCGUAGCCACGCUCGACUGCGAUUUGGGCCUCUGCUUUCCACAAGUGGCGGUUGUUGAGUAACUAACGGUUUAUUUCUCUGGUGCGGUUUACUCUGCAGCAUUUCAAAAAAUAAUUUUUUUUUUUAAAUGUGGCCAUCUUUAUUUUGUAAUAUUUUUACUCCAGCAAAAAUAGUGUUUUCUGAACUCUGAUCUUGGAGCUGUGCACAGAGACUGGUAGCUGCUACUUUUUGAUGUUCAUGCAGUCUUGACGAUGUAAAGCUUUUGCUUACCGCUUCAUAUGAGAAACUGAUACUUGUUGUGUUUUUAAAACGGUCGAUCUAAGAUUUCAGACCUGGAAGCAGCGGGUAAAUGUAAUAGGCUUGCUUCUUUACUUCCUUCUUGCACCUGAAGUUGUAUCAUACAGGAACUAUGGCAAUUCUGCUCAACAGAAGUUUAGUCUCAUCAUUGUUCUUCGCUGGUGUAAAACUGUAGUGAUUGUGCUUUUCUCAUAAUUAUAAUUGUACAGUGAUUUUUUUGUAUUUUUUUUAUUUAAUUUUUUUUUAUCCUGCAGAUUUUACUAAUUGAACAUGGGAUGGGACCCAGAUGUUUUGUCUGCAUUUCGAGCCACCUCAUUUUAACCCAGUGUACACUGCUUGGUUGGUACCUGGACAAGGGAAAACCAGGUUGCUACCAGAAGGAGGGUUUUAUGGGCCAGUAGGGGGCGCUCCUCCCUGUGGACUCAGCCAAAAAGCCACUGCCAGCCUCCCAGGAUGGGGACACUGUUCAGCAGGUCCUGAUUCAACCGUUGUCAUAUAGACCCCCGCAAUACUUUACAAGAACCUUUUGUAAUGCUGAUUGGCUGCACAGUCUAGUUCUCGUGCCAUAGGACUGUGGAUUAGGGAAACGACUUCUCUAUGCAUCUUCCCGGUUGAUUAAUAAUGAGUUAUAGCCAAGUGUGGGGCAGUUAGAGGACACAGCUCGUGACUGUGUGUGGUGUGCACUGCUUAACAACCAAACGGGGAGUUUACGCGAGCCCAACUAAAGCUUUUUCAGUGGUGACGUUUUAAAGGGUAUGUUAAUGUGAAUUAUUGUACGUAAUCGAUGUACCGAACACACUCUGCUGGCUGAAUGUAUUCUGGGUUUCCGUGAGACUCUGGCGUUCCUGGUCUGUGGUGAUCGCUGAAUAAACGCAGUGUGACAGAGA